AUGGAGAAUGCGAGGGGAAAUGAUAUAAGUGAAUCCUCAGAGGCUCGCAUGAGCCGAACGGAACAAAUGCUUGCAGCAGUAACAGAAGCUAUGACACAACAACAAAGACAACAACCUUUACCUCCUUCGCCUCCAUCGGUGCUAGCCGAACAGGACAACAAUGACAUCAUUAACUUGACCCAGAAAUUUAUGAAAAUGAAGUUGCCGACCUUCUUGGGUGGUAUCGAACCAUUGAAGGCAGAAACCUGGUUAUUAGAAAUGGAAAAGCUAUUCGAAGUGUUUCCUUGCUCUGCAACUCAGAAAGUCCUUUUGGCCACUUAUACCUUAAAGGAUGAAGCCCAGAGAUGGUGGCUAUUGAUUCGAAAUAACAAUGGGGACAUGACGUGGGCACAAUUCAACGAGAUGUUCUACAACAAGUACUUUUCCCAAUGUUUCAGGGACCGAAAAGUUUUAGAAUUCCAAGAACUCAAACAAGGCAGAACGUCUGUGGCCGAAUAUGAAGCUAAGUUUACUGAACUAGCUCGUUUUGCUCCACACAUGGUAGACACUAAUUACAAGAAAGCACGAAAGUUUGAGGGAGGACUGGACCUGGAGAUAUUUGAUCGAGUGGGUGUCCUGAAACUGCCUACCUAUGUGGAGGUGCUUGACAGAGCAUUAAUGGCAGAAGCUACGAUAGCAGCAAAGAAACAAACUACAAAUCCACUAACUCAAUGGAAAGGCAAGAGGACCGGGUUUAAUUUUAGACGGGCCCGAUCAUUUUCGAAGAAGCGAAACACGGGAUCCUUUGGUAGUUCUAGCCAGAGUAGUGGGUCUAUACCGAUUUGUGCAGAUUGUGGCAGGAGACAUAUGGGAGUAUGCCAUCGUGCGUCAGGUGCCUGUUACUAG